AUGGCGGUUGUCCGAUCUAGAUCGACUGACGACGAUCCCUCUCCAGCGGUUCCGCGUUUCUCUCCGCUACCUGAUCCGGGGCUGCUGCUGCCGCCCACUUUGCUACAUGAUCCGGGGUUAUUGCCGCCGCUCGUCGCUCCUGAACUUCCGUUGGAGGAUCAUCAUCAAUCUCAUACUGAUGCCGCCAUUACCGAAAGUGCCGCCACUGCCGCAAGUGCCCCCACUGCCGCAAGUGCCCCCAGUGGCGUCAGUGGCGCUGUUCUUUCGCCCGCGCAUCGUUUUCUUGGGGAGCACUGCCGCGGAGGCAACCUUCCGCAAUCGCCCCUAAGCGGAAAGUUACGGCGGAGACAUGCGGGAAGCCCCUUACCUCGGCAUGAGCCCCCUGUCGCGCACGAGAUUUUUCCCCGCGCGGAUUCUCUGCCUGCCGCGGGGAGUCUCCUGAGCCGCGCAGUUCACGCGCACAGCCCCUUGGCGCGCACGAGGAUCUCGUCCCCGCGCGCGCAAAACCCGCGCAUCUUCCCCGGGAGUCCCCGCGCCACUGUCCCCUUCAAGGCAGCGCACCACCAUCACGCGCGGAAGGCGCGUACCGCGCAUGCCCUCCUCGUCCCCGACAACCCGCUCCUGGCGGAAAUCUUCUCCCCGCGUUCCGCCGCCGCGGGGCCCUGGGGGGCGCGCGCGCUCGCGGAGUCUCCGCGCGCAAGCGUCACCCCGAGGGACACCGCGCGGCCACUUCCGGCGGAUUUCUCCGCUGCGCGCAUUCCGGGGGAGGCCCCGCCGUCGCUGGCGUGCGACAUUCCCCCCACGUUCUGGGAACUCCCCGCGGAUCGGCGAGUGCGGGCGGGGGACAAUCCCCCGCCGAGAAGCGUCAGGGUUUUCGCGCGACUGUCGAUGCUGAAACAACAACAGCCGCCGCCACAGCAGCAGCAGCAAUUGCCUCCGCAACAGCAGGUUUUGCUGCAAAGAAUGGAGCCUGACCCAUGCAGAGGUGAUGACCUAUCAGAUGGUGCCACGUCAUUAAAACCAGGUGUUCUUCGUCGCUGGCGCAGCUUCGGGCGGCGGAGCGUGGGCAGCGGAAGCAGCAGACGUCUCAGCGGGUGCCACGUGGACGCAGAGACGAGCGGCGCGAGUGGGAGCACUCAAGGCUCUAGCAGGAGGAGUGAAUCUAGUGGGAACUCAGUCACAAAGGAGACAGUGCGGAGCAGAUUAGACCUAGGCCAGCCCCUCCGCCUGGUGCGGAGUUUGUCUGCUCGUGUGACAGAGCGAAUGGAGGCUAGGAAUGUUCGUGAAGCUCGUAAUGGCGGGUUGGAUCCAGGCAAAGUGGUAACCUGUGGGGGGACCUCUCAGGGAAUGCCUAUCCCUGGGCCCGUAGCUCAAGCUAGAAGAGAGCGAGGUAAUCGGCGGGGGAUGCGAUUGUCUAAGUCAGGGCCACUGAUGCCGAGUCGCAGGAUGGGAGGAGAGGUUUGGCAAGGGAGGCAGGAGCAGGGGGGUGUGGGUGGAGGGAAUGUGGGAUGCAGGGGGACUAGAGAAACGCCAACGGGAGCCGUGGAUGGUUGCCAUUAUUGCAAUGACGCAGUUCCUGCAUCAGCAGCAGGUGAUGCAUAUGCUGCUCUUCACCAGGAAUUUGAGGUCAAUGCAGGAUUAAUGGCGGUUACCGGUAGUAAGGAGGAAGAGGUGCGCCAGUCAGGGUCGUCAUUCUUGUCUCUGUUGGCAGCAGCUGUGCAAGCAGGGAGGUCAAGAAAAGAGGAGUCUCAACGGAUGGUCAGGCUGAAUUCACUGUCAGGCGUCUCUCUCGUCAGACCUACAUCCCAUUCUGCUUCCCCAGGGUGGCACGGAUGA